UUGGGGGCCUGGCAGGCCACACGCUGGAGGAGAGGGAGUUUGAGGGGACCACGCAGAGACCCCCCUAGGCCGACCCAGGACCGAGCUAGUUUGCAAACACAUUCCGGCCAUCGCAGCUCUAGAUCCCGAGGAAGACUGGCUCGGGGCAGGCCAGGCAGCGGCCUGGAGGCGCAGGAGUCAGAGCUCCAUCACGGGACAGCAGCCGCUGUCUACUGAGCAACGAUUGUAUGCCAGGAGGAGGGCCAGAGAUGGAUGACUAUAUGGAGACACUGAAGGAUGAGGAGGAUGCCUUGUGGGAGAAUGUGGAGUGCAAUCGGCACAUGCUGAGUCGCUACAUCAACCCAGCCAAGCUCACCCCAUACCUGCGCCAGUGUAAGGUCAUCGAUGAGCAGGAUGAAGACGAAGUGCUCAAUGCACCCAUGUUGCCUUCCAAGAUCAACCGGGCAGGCCGACUGUUGGAUAUUCUACAUACCAAGGGCCAAAGGGGCUACGUGGUCUUCUUGGAGAGCCUGGAAUUUUACUACCCGGAACUGUACAAACUGGUGACUGGAAAGGAGCCUACCCGGAGAUUCUCUACCAUUGUGGUGGAGGAGGGCCACGAGGGCCUCACGCACUUCCUCAUGAACGAGGUCAUCAAGCUGCAGCAGCAGAUGAAGGCCAAGGACCUACAGCGGUGCGAGCUCCUGGCCAAGUCGCGACAGCUGGAGGACGAGAAGAAGCAGCUGACACUGACUCGAGUGGAGCUGCUGACCUUCCAGGAGCGGUACUACAAGAUGAAGGAGGAGCGCGACAGCUACAACGACGAGCUGGUCAAGGUGAAGGACGACAACUACAACUUGGCCAUGCGCUACGCCCAGCUCAGUGAAGAAAAGAACAUGGCGGUCAUGAGGAGCCGAGACCUCCAGCUCGAGAUUGACCAACUAAAGCAUCGGUUGAAUAAGAUGGAGGAGGAGUGCAAGCUGGAGAGGAACCAGUCUCUGAAACUCAAGAAUGACAUUGAGAAUCGUCCCAAGAGGGAGCAAGUUCUGGAGCUGGAGCGGGAGAAUGAGAUGCUAAAGACCAAAAUCCAGGAGCUGCAGUCCAUCAUCCAGGCCGGGAAGCGCAGCCUGCCGGACUCGGACAAGGCCAUCUUGGACAUCCUGGAGCAUGACCGCAAGGAGGCUCUGGAGGACCGGCAGGAGCUCGUCAACAAGAUCUACAACCUGCAGGAGGAGGUCCGCCAGGCAGAGGAGCUACGGGACAAGUACCUGGAGGAGAAGGAGGACCUGGAGCUCAAGUGCUCAACGCUGGGCAAGGACUGUGAGAUGUACAAGCACCGCAUGAAUACGGUCAUGCUGCAGCUGGAGGAGGUGGAGCGCGAGCGGGACCAGGCCUUCCAUUCCCGGGAUGAAGCGCAGACCCAGUACUCACAGUGCUUAAUCGAAAAGGACAAGUACAGGAAGCAGAUCCGAGAGCUGGAGGAGAAGAACGAUGAGAUGAGGAUUGAGAUGGUCCGGCGGGAAGCCUGCAUCGUCAACCUGGAGAGCAAGCUCCGGCGUCUCUCCAAGGACAGCAACAGCCUGGACCAGAGUCUGCCCAGGAACCUGCCGGUGGCCAUCUCUCAGAACUUCGGGGACGCCAGCCCCAGGACCAACGGGCAGGAAGCUGACGACUCGUCCACGUCGGAGGAGUCCCCGGAAGACAGCAGAUACUUCCUGCCCUACCACCCCCCCAAGCGCAGGAUGAAUCUGAAGGGCAUCCAGCUGCAGAGAGCCAAAUCCCCCAUCAGCCUGAAGCGAACCUCAGAUUUCCAAGGGAGAGGCCAUGAAGAAGAAGGCAUGGACGCCAGCCCCAGCUCCUCCAGAUCCCUGCCCAUCACCAACUCCUUCUCCAAGAUGCAACCCCACCGAAGCCGCUCCAGCAUCAUGUCCAUCACGGCCGAGCCCCCCGGAAACGACUCUAUCCUCAGGCGCUACAAGGAAGACGCGCCUCACCGCAGCACCGUCGAGGAAGACAAUGACAGUGGCGGGUUCGACGUCUUGGACUUUGACGACGACAGUCACGAUCGCUGCUCCUUCGGACCCCCGUCCGUCCACUCCUCCUCCUCUUCCCACCAGUCCGAGGGUCUGGACGCCUAUGACCUGGAGCAAGUCAACCUCAUGUUUAGAAAGUUCUCUCUAGAAAGGCCCUUCCGGCCAUCUGUCACGUCCGUGGGGCACGUGCGGGGUCCCGGGCCCUCAGUGCAGCACACCACGCUGAACGGCGACAGCCUCAUCUCACAGCUCACCCUGCUCGGGGGCAACGCGCGAGGGAGCUUCGUCCACACGGUCAAGCCGGGCUCCCUGGCCGAGAAGGCCGGCCUCCGCGAGGGCCACCAGCUGCUGCUGCUGGAAGGCUGCAUCAAAGGCGAGCGGCAGAGCGUCCCGUUGGACACGUGCACAAAGGAGGAGGUGCACUGGACCAUCCAGAGAUGCAGCGGCCCCGUCACACUGCACUACAAGGUCAACCAGGAAGGGUACCGGAAGCUGCUGAAGGACAUGGAGGAGGGCCUGAUCACCUCGGGGGACUCCUUCUACAUCCGGCUGAACCUGAACAUCUCCAGCCAGCUGGAUGCCUGCUCCCUGUCCCUGAAGUGUGAUGACGUUGUGCAUGUCCGCGACACCAUGUACCAGGACAGGCAUGAGUGGCUGUGCGCGCGGGUCGACCCUUUCACGGACCACGACCUGGACGCGGGCACCAUACCCAGCUACAGCCGAGCCCAGCAACUCCUCCUGGUCAAGCUGCAACGUCUGAUGCACAGGGGCAGCCGAGAGGAGGCGGACACCACCCACCACACCCUGAGGGCGCUCCGGAACACCCUGCAGCCCGAAGAGCCGCUUUCCACCAGUGACCCCCGGGUCAGUCCCCGUCUCUCUCGAGCAAGUUUCCUUUUUGGCCAACUCCUUCAGUUUGUCAGCAGGUCUGAGAACAAGUACAAGAGAAUGAACAGCAACGAGCGAGUCCGUAUUGUCUCGGGGAGCCCACUGGGAAGCCUGGCCCGGACGUCCCUGGAUGCCACCAAACUCUUGACUGAGAAGCAGGAAGAGCUGGACCCCGAGAGUGAGCUCAGCAAGAACCUCAGCCUGAUCCCCUACAGCCUGGUGCGUGCCUUCCACUGUGAGCGCCGCCGGCCCGUCCUCUUCACGCCCACCAUGCUGGCCAAGGUGCUGGUCCAGAAGCUGCUCAACUCGGGGGGCGCGAUGGAGUUCACCAUGUGCAAGCCAGAUGUUGUCACUAGAGACGAGUUCCUCAGGAAGCAGAAGAUGGAGACCAUCAUCUACUCCCGAGAGAAGAACCCCAACACUUUCGAAUGCAUUGUUCCCGCCAACAUUGAAGCUGUGGCCGCCAAGGACAAACACUGUCUGCUGGAGGCUGGAAUCAGCUGCACCAGAGACUUGAUCAAGUCCAGGAUCUACCCCAUCGUGCUCUUCAUUCGGGUGUCGGAGAAGAACAUCAAGAGGUUCAGGAAGAUGCUGCCGCGGCCCGAGACGGAGGAGGAAUUCCUGCGGCUGUGCCGGCUGAAGGAGAAGGAGCUAGAAGCCUUACCCUGCCUGUACUCCACGGUGGAAGCCGACAUGUGGGGCAGCGUGGAGGAGCUGCUCCGUGUCCUCAAAGACAAGAUCAGCGAGGAGCAGCGCAAGACCGUCUGGGUGGAUGAGGACCAGCUGUGAGGCGGGCCCCUGGAGUCUGAGCGCAGCUCCCAGGGGUGUCCGGACCCCAGCGGGCAGUGCUGUGGGGCGAGGGGGCUCCGUCCACCCCGUUAUGGGGACCCCCACCCCCAGCGAGCCCUGGGGCAGAUGCAGCUGCAGGGACAGACACUCUCCGGUGGGAACGGGACGGGUGUGUGCCCCCCGCCAUCCCCGGGGCUGACCUGGCCGAGGGGUCCUGCCCCAUGGCACCAGCAGGGAGGCAGGCCCCCCCGAAGGACACGACGGCAGGCCAGAGGCCAGCGGCCCCUCAGAAGCCGGAGCAGCAGAUGAAUGUAACGCAGGGAGCAGGUGUGCUUCCUGUAGGGCAGGGACCCGGAACGCGAGGGCGCCCGCCAGCCCUCGGGACACACCAGAUACACAUUCCCAGGCAGGGCAGUUGGGGCGGAACAGGGAACGUGCCAUGCUGUUAUUUUUCUUGCAUUAAAAUCUCUCCAUUUCCUUGUUUUCAAACUUUUUAAAAAUUAUUAUUUCAUCACUGGCAGAGGUGUUCAACCCUCGCGCCCUCUGUAACCUGCAAACCACUUCUGCAAAGCUAAGGUCAGGCCCCAUGUCAGGUGCAGGCAGGCAGACCGGACAUCCCAGUCUACCCAGGACACACCUGAUUUGUACCUGGGCUUUGGGCGGGAUGACUAACAGCCCCUCUUUGACUAGCAUACGUCCUGAUUUGGGUGACAAGUUAUCAAGUCACUCUGGGAAGGGCCCGUCCUUCCAUAGGCUGCCUGGGAGGUGCCCCCCGCCACCGACUCCAGCCCUGAGGCCAGAGCCCCUUACUCUGCUCUCCCCACACGGGCUCUCUGCUUCUCUGCACAUCACGUUCAUACGCGCAGCCUCGCUUCUUCUUUCCGCCCAGCAUGUGGGGUAUGGGUCUCGAUGGGGUUUGCUCCCACUGCCCAGGAGCUGGGGUGGGGAGUGUGUGUGCAGGAGAGCUCUGCUUCCCUCCACAGCAGAUAGCAAAGGCCCUGUGGGUUCUAGAGCCAUUUGCCUCCUUGACCCCUUCUUGCAGACUUUCCAAGUAUGGACCCGACCGGGCGUGGCCCAAAGCAGGCCACGUCCAGCCUGGCACCACGCUGAGUAUUCAUCAACCGGGUAGGUGGCAGGCUGGGCUUCCAUCCUAGGUCUGCGUGUUCAUGGGAACUGUGGGAGAAACUACUGGUUGACAACCCAGUCUCCACACUCCCUUCCUUACUAACAGAAUCCUGUUUUUAUUCUGGGAAACUGUGUACGGCUAAGAGACCAUAUAUCCCAGCCUCCCUUGCAGCUAGGGAGGAAUCAAGGAAAUGUAAGGCGACAAGGUUUGGAGGAAAGACAAAGCAGACAAACAACCCUUCCUCUAGUUUCCUGCCUGGACUACAGAUGUGAUGGCUGGAGCUCCAGCAGUCAUCUUGGAUCUUGAAGUGACCUUGAGAAUGGAAACUCUGCUCAGAGGGUGGUGAAGAAAGAGAAAAGGAGUCUGAGUCACUGAUGGCACUUUGGAGCCCAGGACUACUGCUUGGGUUUUGUUUACAUGGGACAGAAAUAAAUUUUUAUCUUGUG